AUAUUAAUGUUAAAAGGUUUCAGGACUUAAUUUUAUCCAUUGGGAAUUAAUUAAAUUAUGCUGUUUAAGAGGUAAAGUCUGAAGAUUAGGCUCACACUUGAGUAAGUAUCAUAUAGUCUUACAAACACAAUCGUCCAUUUAAGAGCAACUGCAAUGUUAAUGUGGCCCAGGAUGAAAUUGAGUUUGACACCCCUAACCUAGAAGAUGUCAUCUGAAAAGUUGUUUUGUUUAUUUUAAUGGUUAUUUUAUUAAAAUAUGUCUUUUUUGUGCUGAUAGGCCACCAACGUUCAAACCCUAAAAUGCUCCCUAGAUUUUGGAACGGCCUACGACACAUUCUUCAUUUGCGACCCCACAGGUCAUUUGGUCGGUCCUGGAAAGCACACGAGUGUUGUUUUUCCUCAUUAAACCGGUCACUGUCAUUAACAUCCUGUGAGUUAAGAGCAUCAGGGUGGGUCUGUAACCCACUGAAUGUCCCCUCUGCCCCAGCGAAAGACGUGAAGGGCCCACACACAGAGUGAAGGGGGGCUUAUAGGAGAGAUGAUGGGGUUGCGUGUGUCCAGCUGAAUUGUGUAGUGUCACCGAGAAUGUGGGAGUGUGUUAGGUUGGUUGUGUAAUCCUGGCUGAGGCACGAACGUUCUCGGAGGCUCAGCAGGAAGAACCGGAGAGAUAGUGAGAGACGCACUCAUCCAUCAGAUGGAUGAACUGGGUCUGUUUAUAAACACUGGAGUGCUGGGAAUGUCCUAAUGAGUCCGCUCAUUCACAUCUUUCUAUCUUACUUUCUUAAAGUCAGUCAUUACUUAACCCAAACGCCUCCCAAUUUGUGUCCAACAGGCCCAGACUGUCAGAUAUCAGCUCUGAGAUUUGCUACAGUUGAGCACGCUUGUAGGAAACUCCCAGAAGCGUUUCUCACUGACACCAGAGCUGAUCUUACAGUCGUAAUGGUGCACUUAUCUAAUGGCCCAAUGUGUUACAGGACGACGUUAUCGACUUUGUGCCCCAGUGUUUAAACUGAGACCGAAGACACGUACUGGUACGUAUUUGAAUUAAUGGUUUGUGUUGGACGGGAGCUGUUUGUUCUGCGCAUGUGUGUAUUUGGCAAAUGUUAGACGUCAGGGGUUGAACUGCUGUCAACAUCACACAUGUAAGAGGCGAGACAAGCUGAGAUCCAGCACACGCAACGCAUCAGAGUUGACGUCUUCUUUGAAACGGGACGAUCAGACGGUUCAGAUGAGAGAGGGGACAGAUCCGGGUAUGAGCAUGUCUAUCAGCAGCUACCUUUCUGCAUCUGACACGUUUGACAUAACAGAGCCGCCCCAGUACUAUGAUGUUCUUGUGGAUCCGUUGGGCUGCUCUUACCAGGAUCAGGAUCUGCAAAGUCCCAUCUAUGGCCAGCAGCUGUUUAGCCCCGUGCAGUUCUCCAUGUACGGCUCGCCAAACGUUCAACCGUGUAACCCUCCCUAUCCGUACGGCCAUCAGUGCUUCGAGUACACCUGUGAACCAGACGGGGAGGUCCAAAGCCCAGGACGGGGCAGCAUCGUCAGCAUUCCCCUGAUGAAAAGAUCAAGGAUGGGACAUGGCGCUCGGGUAAAGGGCCAGGAUGAACUGUGUGUGGUUUGUGGUGAUAAAGCCUCGGGAUAUCACUAUAAUGCCCUCACCUGUGAGGGUUGCAAAGGUUUCUUCAGACGCAGCGUGACCAAAAAAGCUGUGUACCGCUGCAAGAGUGGCGGCAGUUGCGAGAUGGACAUGUACAUGCGCAGAAAGUGUCAAGACUGCAGACUGCGCAAAUGCAGAGCCGUCGGGAUGCUGGCAGAGUGUUUGCUUACUGAGGUUCAAUGUCAAUCCAAGAGAUUAAGAAAAGGCUCCAAACACAGAGGACACAACGGCUCCACACACAGUCCUGAAGAUGAUGAUGAAUGUUCUGAAAGCAGAAGUGUCUCAUCGACAAGCAGAUUCAGCACACGGGUAACAGCUGGUUUCUCCAGAGAACAGAAAUGCAUUCUGAACAGAAUUGUGGAGGCGUAUCGUAAAUACAUUAUUCAAGACAACAUGAAUUGCCAGAUAUCUAUGUGGUCAAGUUUAACAAACAGUGUGGACUUAACUCCACCUCAAACAGAGAAGCUUUUGCAGUUUUCAAGAAGUGUACCUGGGUUUGAGCUUUUGGAAAGUUCUGACCAGAACACGCUCUUGUCAAGCUCCUCAGUUGAGGUUAUGUUCCUGCUCCUCGCUCAGCAGUUUUCAGACAACCCCACCGGUGUCAGCGCUGCUUUACACCCUGCAAGUUUAAAUAAUUUAAACUCCGACUGGGUGAAAACUUCCAAGAUUGGGAACAACCAUAGGAUAACAACACACUCAGGGCUGAACGAUGAGCUCUUGAGGUCGGUGGUAAACUUUCUCCACAGUAUGGUGGCCAUAGCAGUGACCGAGGCUGAAUACGCACUUCUAACUGCAACCGCGGUAUUGUGUUCAGCAGACAGGCCCUUUCUGAGAGCGGUGGGUUGUGUCGAGAGCUUACAAGAGUUUGUUUUGGAGCUCCUGUCCAGAUUAUGCUGCAGCAGUCAGGGAGGAUCUCAUGACCCGAGACGCUUCGCCCGACUCCUCAGUCGACUGACAGAACUGAGAACUUUACAACACAAUCACCUCACCCUUCUCCCACAGCAACCCUGGGACAUGCAGUCCUGAGACUGAAGAAGAGAUUUAUGAGAUCUAGUUUAUUUUGCAAUACAGUUUUUUAGUUUUGUUUAGAAUAAUAAUCCGGUUCAUUGUACUGUUGGCUACCCAUGUGCAAAUAUAGUUCAGCUAAAAAUAUACAUUCUUACAUGCAAUGAAUAAAAUGUUUCUUUUCACUUUU